UUUAUGACGUACGUAUUUUUCAGUAUUAUCUGAAUUUACCUACGUUACGAGUCUUCCAUGAAACGGAAAUUUUCCCAUUCUAUUUGUCGAGUACUUUGACUCAAUUUUUGAUUUUUUGGAUCGUUCAUUUUGACAUUGGUGUGAUGGGUAUCGUAAAGUAUAAUGCAAAUAGUAGCUAGAUAGGUACCUACCAAGUACGAUAAUAUAUUGAAUUUCGAUUUUAAUUGAUCGCUAUGUGUGUGACAAGAACAGGAUGUUGCGGAAAUUCGCUUCAUACAGCCUCACUCGUGGUGCUUUACAUCAAUUUGGUUAUGAACCUUUACGAAAUAGUAUUUUUCUCUCACGAAUAUCGCAACCUGAUCAAUAGCAAAUUGCUAGAAAAUGAGCUGGUGAAAGAAGAGAAUUCAAACAUUAUUUUCACAAUACUAGAAACUCUAGUAUUCCUAUACGCUAUCAGAACUGUCAGCAAGAUGAAAUCAUCCAUGUUGACAUUUUCCAUGGUGAUAUUACUGAUUGAUAUGAUCUCGAUAGCUCAUUCAACGUUCAAUACGGUUUACAAGUAUCAUAAGAAGUGUAUCUCGAAUACUACUUUAUGUGGACCAGAUGGUAUACUCGGAUGGACAGUGAAAAGUGAACAUGCAUAUACUGAAGCUGGUAAACUAGCGACAUCGGAUGUGCGAUUUUCAUACAUCGGUGUGCUGAUUACACUGAGCGUCACUUGUUUGUUUUUCUUGUGUUUCAAAUUCUAUAGCAUCAUGAUCUUGCAAAGUUAUAAAUCGUUUUUGAAAUUUGACCGAAUUCAACUCGAAAUGCCUGAAUCUUCUGCUGAGCAAAAUGAACUACCUUGUUAUUCUUAUGUUAGAAGACCGGAUGCUCCACCACGUUAUGUUAGCAACGGAAACGUGCAGUCUUAAAAUAUGUACUUACCUACAAUGUAACUUACUACAUAGGUACCAUAAAGCAUUACCUUACUUCGUCUGUUUUCCUAGCAAAUUACAUUUCAUUACUUCAGCAAAUUGAGUUAUGAAUUUUUCAAUUUUAUUAAUUAUUAUUAUUUUUAAUGUAGCUCUUUAAUUAGGUAGGUAAGGUUAUUCAGAGUGAAUUUGAUUCCAAGAAUGAUAAGAAUGAUUGCGAUUUUGUACUGUAAAUUAACUACAGUUGUAAGUGUAAUGUAAUGAGUAGGUUCUCAAUUCAA